CUUCUACAGCCCAGUGGAGACCCCGUCUGAGAGAGAGAUGGUUCCUGUCCUGAUGCUGGUGGUCAUGUUCUGGAUCACAGGUCUCCAGGAUGAACUCACUGAUGAACCUCCAGGUUCUGAUGUGAGGCUGAAGGGAGGAGAUGGUCGCUGUGCUGGCAGAGUGCAGAUGAAACACCAGGGAGAGUGGAGGAGAUUGGACAUGUGGUCUGACUGGGACCUGAGAGCUGCAGCUGUAGUGUGCAGACAGCUGGACUGUGGUUCUGCUGUUUCAACAAGAUACACUGAUGAUGAACAUCCUGGAUGGCGGUUCAGAUCUCACUGUGUUGGGUCUGAGUCUGCACUGAGGGAGUGUGGCACAGUUGAGACAGGGUAUGUCGCUUCCUAUACCAUGGAGGUGAUCUGCUCAGAGUCUGUGAGGCUUGUGGAGGGAGCUGGUCUGUGCUCUGGCAGAGUGGAGGUGAGGUCUGAUCAGUCGUGGGUCUCAGUGUGUGAAGCUGACUUUGACAGGCUGGAUGCAGAGGUGGUCUGUCGGGAGUUUGGCUGUGGGGCUCCUUCAGCCCUCCAGGGGGCGCUCUAUGGAGAAGGGAAAGGUCCACUCUGGGAUAAAGAGUUCCAGUGUGGAGGCACGGAGUCCCGUCUCCUGGCCUGUGACACCUCAGACUCAGCUAGAAACACCUGCUCACCUGGCAAUGCUGUUGGACUCACCUGCUCAGGGCCAGAAGAUGUGAGGCUGGAGGGAGGAGAUGGUCGCUGUGCUGGCAGAGUGGAGCUGAAACACCAGGGAGAGUGGAGGAGAGUGGACAGUGGGUCUAACUGGGACCUGAGAGCUGCAGCUGUAGUGUGCAGACAGCUGGACUGUGGCUCUGCUGUUUCAAAAAGAUACACUGACUAUGAUAAACAUCCUGCAUGGAUGUUUGACUCUCACUGUGCUGGGUCUGAGUCUGCACUGAGGGAGUGUGGAAGAGUGAUGGAUGGAAGGCAUUCCUCUUCCAGUACUCUGGAGGUGACCUGCUCAGAUAUCCUGUUCCAGCCCAGUAUCUCCCUGUCUUCCUCCAUGCUGGGGGUCUCCCAGGACCAGCAGCAGGGGCUGCAGGUGUUCAGGGACCACAGCUUCACCAUCACCUGCUCCAUCCAGCCACUGUACCCAGGAGGCUCCUUCCACCUCACCUUCACUGGCUCCAACACAACCCUGAGACACACCCUCAUAGCUGUCAAUCAUUCUGCCAACUUCCUCUUUCCUGCUGCAGACCACGCCCACCAAGGAAACUACAGCUGUGUUUAUGAAGUCUACGUUUUCUCUCAUAACUUCACCUCUGAGAGUGAGCUCCUCUCUCUCGCUGUUGCAGCCAAUCCUCUGCCAGCUUUCAUCAUCAGAGUGGUGGUGGUGGUGGUGGUGGUGCUGACUCUGCUGACGUCCAACACUGCCCUCUAUCUGUACUUUAAGACCACCAGGAAGCCUGCAGAGAGGGGGAGCAUGGAGCUGGUCUCCCUGCAUUCCAGUGCUGAAGCUGGGCCAGGAGAGGAGAGAGCAGCCCAGAGGAUGGAGCAGGAGGAGAGUGCUGUCUAGACGCUGAUCUGAGGUCAGUCAUGGAGUCCCUGACAAUGGUGACUGACAGCACUGGGAGAAGCUGGUCUGAUCCUGGAUCUGGGUCUUUGGAACAGUUCCACCAGGAUUACUUUAAUAUUGGCAACAUCAUCGAGUGUUAAUGCUUAUUUGAAUAACUUAGUAUUUCUCUUGUUUUUUUGAAGAUUUUUUAGUGCUUAAAUGUGAAUUUAUUUUGCAAACACAAAAAAAGGUUUUGAAAGUUAGAAAGAAAAUUGUAUAAAAAAAGUUUCUCAACAAAAGUUUGCUUCACUGAAGAGUACUUCAUGAG